AUGAAGGAUCUGAUCACCAAGAAGAGAGCAUUCAGUUAUGAUCCAGUUGAUAAUGUUCAUCAUUGUAGUGCUGUAGCCACUAGAUCAUUAGUGGAGAAGAAAAAGGAUCCCAAUGCUUUCACUAUACCUUGCACCAUUGGAUCUUUCAACUUUGUGCAUGUUUUGUAUGUCUUAGGUGCUAGCAUCGAACUCAUGCCAUUUAUGGUGAUAUUCAAUGUAUGCAAAUCCAUGAGACAGCCUGAUGAAUUGAGAGUGAUAUAUGUUAUUAAUGUGUAUGAUGAAGAGGUAGAUUCAUUCCAUGAUGUUGAUGCAGUAACUUUAUGGGAUGAUGGUUUUGAUGCGGCUGUUCCAAUUUAA